CCGGGAACGCUCGCGGGCUGUGCGCCCGGCCGCCUGCUGCGGUGAGACGCGGCGCCGGACGCCCCCUGAGCGCGGGCAGUAGGGAGGAUGACCAUGGCUGGCGGCCGGCGGGGACUGGUGGCCCCACAGAACACGUUUCUGGAGAACAUCGUGCGGCGGUCCAACGACACUAAUUUUGUGUUGGGGAAUGCCCAGAUAGUGGACUGGCCGAUUGUGUAUAGCAACGAUGGAUUCUGCAAGUUGUCUGGCUAUCACCGGGCGGAAGUGAUGCAAAAAAGCAGCACCUGCAGUUUUAUGUAUGGAGAGCUGACAGAUAAGGACACGAUUGAGAAGGUGCGCCAAACCUUUGAGAACUACGAGAUGAACUCCUUUGAAAUUCUGAUGUACAAGAAGAACAGGACGCCCGUGUGGUUUUUUGUGAAGAUCGCUCCGAUCCGGAAUGAACAGGACAAAGUGGUUCUGUUCCUUUGCACCUUCAGUGACAUAACUGCGUUCAAGCAGCCGAUCGAGGAUGACUCAUGCAAAGGUUGGGGGAAGUUUGCUCGGCUGACCAGAGCGCUGACGAGCAGCAGGGGCGUCCUGCAGCAGUUGGCCCCCAGCGUGCAGAGGGGCGAAAACGUCCACAAGCACUCGCGCCUAGCAGAGGUCCUGCAGCUGGGCUCAGACAUCCUUCCCCAGUACAAGCAAGAGGCGCCAAAGACACCCCCUCACAUCAUCUUACACUACUGUGUCUUUAAGACCACGUGGGAUUGGAUCAUCCUGAUCUUGACCUUCUACACAGCCAUCCUGGUCCCUUACAACGUCUCCUUUAAAACCAGGCAGAACAACGUGGCCUGGCUGGUGGUGGACAGCAUCGUGGACGUCAUCUUUUUGGUGGACAUUGUUCUGAAUUUUCAUACCACCUUUGUCGGGCCAGCGGGGGAAGUGAUCUCUGACCCCAAACUUAUCCGCAUGAACUACCUGAAGACAUGGUUUGUGAUCGACCUUCUGUCCUGUUUGCCCUAUGACGUCAUCAACGCUUUUGAGAACGUGGAUGAGGGCAUCAGCAGCCUGUUCAGUUCUCUGAAGGUUGUGCGGCUGCUCCGUCUUGGGCGAGUGGCCCGCAAGCUGGACCAUUACAUCGAGUAUGGAGCUGCGGUCCUGGUCUUGCUGGUGUGUGUGUUCGGGCUGGCUGCCCACUGGAUGGCCUGCAUCUGGUACAGCAUUGGGGACUAUGAGAUCUUUGAUGAAGACACCAAGACGAUCCGCAACAACAGCUGGCUCUACCAGCUGGCGAUGGACAUCGGCACUCCGUACCAGUUUAAUGGGUCCGGCUCGGGGAAGUGGGAAGGCGGGCCGAGCAAGAACUCCGUCUACAUCUCCUCGCUGUACUUCACCAUGACCAGUCUCACCAGCGUGGGCUUUGGGAACAUCGCCCCAUCCACAGACAUCGAGAAGAUCUUCGCGGUGGCCAUCAUGAUGAUCGGCUGUGAGUAGGACACGCAGGCUGGG